AUGGCAGAACCAAAUACAGAGAAGGUAAAAGAGAAAGCGGCUGAAGUAAAGGACACGGUAAAGGAAAAAUCGGACAAAGCUGAGCAGAAAGUUAAGGAGUCGGUCAAAAAAGCAGAGAAGGGCAAGGUUGGUCAGCAUAUUCCUACAUCUUUGGAUAACUUAACAUUUAAAGAUAUUAUCAAGUGUACGCUGCUUUUGAAUGCAAUCAUGACAAUAGGCCUGUAUGUCAUCGUGUCGGCGACGAGAAUUAACAUUGGGUCAAGGUGGAGGGAAAUUCUUCUGACUACCGCAAAAUUCAUGAUUCUAAUUUUUGGUGUGGGUGGCAUCGUGAUCGAUGCAAUAUUCUUUUUCGGGCGCCUUUUCAGUCUUUUCAAGGUAUUUCUGGGGCUGAAGGCAGUGAAGUUGCUAGGCGUGCUCAUCUUCUGUUUUGCGCAGAAGCUGGGUGCCUGGUAUAUUAUCGUCAUGUCCAUUGUUUAUUUAGCCUCGUGUGUGCUCAUUGACUUGUGCUUUGUUUACUAUCUUGCUAUCUUCCAGGAAAGACUGGAAAGCGGUGAAUACGAUGAGAAUGGAAUGCCUAAGACAAAGCAAGAGGGCGAGGAACAGGUGUGA